AUGGACGGAUCUCAAACUCCUACCCGUCCGCCUCCAGGCUACGCAGAUGGACCGCCGUCUUACUUGAACGAAAAUCUCGAGGAAGAGCACUCGAGUAGCAUUCCAUCAAACAACCCGUCCCUCAGAAUGCUUCCCCAAGUCCAAGAUGACUACAGAUCGUAUGUGACCUCUCCCAGCUUACCUUCUCAGAGCCGUAACACCCGAUCCCCCCAUCGCAAACCCGUCGCCCGUCCCAAGGUGUCGCAUGUGCAAUGGAAUGAUUCUCCCAAAGAGUCCCCUACCCAGGACAAAAGACUGGCGACUCCCGUCUCGUCUCUCAUUGCCGAGGCAGAGGAAAGCCUCAAUUGCAGCCGCGAUACUUAUACCAUUGUUGGACGAGCUCCCACGCUCAAAGCUACUGUUACCCUGAGAAAGAACCCUAACGCUGACAACUCAUCUUCCAAUAGAGCUUCCCCUUCAGCUCGAGGGUCUCCCGAAAGAUACCAUCGCCCAGCAGCUUCGACGGCAUACAGCUCCAGACCCGGUUCAAGCCUUGGUCGGCCCCCUUCAAUACCUCCUCCCGCCGCCCAUAACCGGUCUCCGAUCAGACCCUCCACUCCUUCACGCAUAUCGACCGAUUGGGCGAGAACCACAGCUUCUAGCGUUUCUUAUGAACCUGCAGACCUCAAUGGCAGUCCUCGACCAGGCACACCCUCGUCUCAAUAUGGCGGAAGUCCGCGAAGGCCCCUCCCACCAGCACCUCUUUUCUCUGUAAAAGGUGGAGCAGCCGAGACAACAAUACCUAUUCCCGACUCAGGGUCAGAGAACGACGUCUUUGGUGAUGGUGCUUCGAUCAUGCCUGACCACGACCCUAGGAUGAGUCUGAAAUCUGCACACUCAUACACAAGUGAAUCCACAUUUACGGAAGAGGACGAUGUUGCCGAUGAAAAGACCGGCUACUACGGGCCAGCCCCAGAAGGAAAGCAAGACCGACGUGGAUUGCGAGAAGCGCAGAUGACACGAAAGGAGGUCCGACUGAUCAACGGAGAAUUGAUUCUAGAGUGCAAAAUCCCGACCAUCCUGCACAGUUUCUUACCUCGAAGAGAUGAACGAGAGUUCACGCAUAUGCGGUAUACCGCCGUCACUUGCGACCCCGACGAUUUUGUGGUACAAGGCUACAAACUUCGCCAAAACUUUGGCGUGACGAUGCGCGAGACCGAACUGCUGAUAUGUGUCACCAUGUACAACGAAGGCGAAAUCGAAUUCACCAGGACCAUGCACGGCAUCAUGAGAAAUAUCAGCCAUUUCUGUUCACGGACGAAAUCUAGAACUUGGGGUAAAGACGGGUGGCAGAAAAUCGUCGUCUGUGUCAUUGCAGAUGGCAGACAAAAGGUCCAUCCACGAACUCUGAAUGCCUUGGCUGCUCUUGGUGUCUACCAAGAUGGAAUAGCCAAGAACGUGGUCAACAAGAAAGAGGUGACGGCACAUGUGUACGAGUACACAACACAAGUUUCGUUGGAUGAAGGCAUGAAAUUCAAGGGCGCCGAGAAAGGAAUUGUCCCCUGUCAGAUGAUCUUUUGCUUGAAGGAGCAGAACAAGAAAAAGCUCAACUCUCACAGGUGGUUCUUCAAUGCAUUCGGACGCGCCUUGACACCGAACGUCUGCAUCCUCCUCGAUGUGGGCACGAAACCAGACUCCAAGGCUCUGUACCACCUCUGGAAAGCAUUCGACCAAGACUCGAACGUCGCCGGGGCUGCGGGCGAGAUCAAAGCCGACAAAGGAAAAGGAUGGAUGGGCUUGCUCAAUCCCUUGGUUGCUUCGCAGAAUUUCGAGUACAAAAUGAGCAAUAUCUUGGACAAGCCGCUGGAAUCGGUCUUUGGCUACAUCACUGUGUUGCCUGGCGCACUUUCGGCAUAUCGAUACUACGCCCUGCAAAACGAUCCUAGUGGCCACGGUCCGCUAAGCCAGUAUUUCAAAGGAGAAACCCUUCACGGUCGAGAUGCUGACGUGUUCACUGCGAACAUGUAUCUCGCCGAAGAUCGAAUUCUAUGUUGGGAGCUCGUAGCCAAACGAGGUGAACAGUGGGUGCUGAAGUUCGUCAAGAGUGCUUAUGGCGAAACUGAUGUCCCUGAUGCCGUCCCCGAAUUUGUCUCGCAGCGACGUCGCUGGCUGAAUGGUGCCUUCUUCGCUGCAGUCUAUUCCUUGGUCCACUUCAAACAAAUCUGGCAGACUGAUCACACUCUUGCUCGAAAAAUCCUUCUACACAUCGAGUUUAUCUACCAACUUAUCUCACUCCUCUUUACAUUCUUCUCUCUCGCCAAUUUUUACCUAACAUUCUACUUCAUCGCUGGAUCAUUGGCGGAUCCACAAAUGGACCCCUUCGGCCACCACAUCGGCAAAUACAUCUUCGUCGUCCUCCGUUACGUCUGUGUGCUGCUGAUCUGUCUGCAAUUCAUCCUCAGCUUGGGCAACAGACCUCAGGGCGCGAAGAAACUCUUCCUUGGAACGAUGGUCACGUUCUCUAUCAUCAUGGCUUACACAACAUUUGCAUCGCUGUACAUCGUCGUUAAGCAGCUCACCGCCCACGGUACAAACGACUCGUACAAGCUUGGUAAUAACAUCUUCACCAAUCUCAUCGUCAGCACACUCAGCACGAUCGGCCUGUACUUCCUCAUGUCCUUCCUGUACCUCGAUCCCUGGCACAUGUUCACCAGCUCGGCGCAAUAUUUUGCCCUCUUGCCAUCAUACAUUUGCACACUUCAGGUGUAUGCCUUUUGCAAUACGCACGAUGUCACCUGGGGUACAAAGGGCGACAAUGUAAUGCAUAGGGAUCUAGGUGCGGCAAAGGCAAUCGGCUCUGGGACCGUCGAGGUCGAAAUGCCGUCUGAACAACUCGAUAUUGAUUCGGCAUAUGACGUCGCUCUACGCAAUCUUCGUGACCGAGUCGAAGUUCCCACACCGCCUGUCAGCGAAAACCAGCUACAAGAAGACUAUUACAAAUCGGUCCGCACGUAUGUGGUGACCUCGUACAUGGUCUGCAACGCUGUGCUGGCCAUGGCGGUCUCCGAAGCGUACCCCGUUGGCGCGCAUCUCGGGUCGAACACUUAUCUGACAUUCCUGUUAUGGUCGGUUGCUGCGCUGGCGUUGUUCCGUGCGAUUGGGUCGUCGGCGUUCGGUGUGAUCAAUAUUGUGUCCGCAAUCGCUGAGGGCAGGAUCCAGGCCAAGUUUGAACGCAUCUUUGGUGGUGGUGACGAGCACGGCCGUCACAAGUCUGGCCUGGGUAGCGGAUUUAGCGAAUCUGGCAAGACGGGUAUGUCAGGUGGUUCGAGUGGCGGCAUGAGUCUGGGUGAUGUUACGAGUAAGAUUAGUGAGAAGUUGAGUUGGAUCAGUCGACGGUGA